ACUCCACUGAUAAAUCAGUAGCUUAGCAUCUUAUCAUUAUAAAUAUAUAUAUACGUGCAUGCAUUUAUUUGCAGGCAUUUGAACUAGUAACAUAACAUAGAAUUAUCAUAUUAUCAAAAAUGCCAAUUGGGGAGAGGCAAUCGGCCUUUACUAUUCGAACCAGGAAGUUUAUGACCAACAGGCUUCUCUCCAGAAAACAAUUUGUUGUUGAUGUUAUUCAUCCGGGACGUCCUAAUAUUCCCAAGGGGGAACUGAAGCAAAGGAUUGCCACAAUGUAUGAUGUGAGGGAUCCAAAUAGCAUUAUUGUGUUCAAUUUCAGAAACCAUUUUGGAGGGGGGAAAUCAACUGGCUUUGGUUUGAUCUAUGACUCUGUGGAGAAUGCAAAGAAAUUUGAGCCAAAAUAUCGACUCAUCAGACAUGGCCUGCUUACUAAGAAGGACAAAUCAAGGAAGCAGCUCAAGGAGAGGAAGAACAGAGCCAAGAAACUCAGGGGUGUAAAGAAGAGCAAGGCUGACAAUAAGAAGACUGGCAAGAGGAGAUGAGUUUUGAAAUCUGUUUGUGCUCCCAGAAUCCAAUCCACAACCUUGUCUCAUCAUAGUUCUGAAUAAUAAUGGAUUGUAUUUGUUUUUAGUUACUUAUGUACUGUGUUUACUUUCCUUAGUGCAUUAGAAUAAAUUUACUUCUUAUCAGUGGAAUUGAUGACAUUAGUUAUGCUGAUAUUGAACAAAA